AUGGAACCUUUGGUUUUCAUGUGUGGAGAUAAUUCAUCCUUCUGCUGUGGGCACGGAGAUACAGGUCGUCCCAUAUUCAAGCCUAGGCUUGUCGAAGCAUUGAAGGGAGUUUCUUGCAAGCGGCAUCUUCAUGCAUUAACUGGUGAUGACAGGUGUAUACCUGGGGCAAAGGUUACUGUGGUGCAUUGGGUGUGUGCAAGUAAGAGGAAGACCUUUGUUUUGGUGGAUGAUGGUUCUGUUUAUGGCUUUGGCUGGAUGGGGUUUGGUAGCCUUGGGUUUGCAUCUGACAAAGUCAUGAGGCCCCGAGUCCUUGAUAGCUUAAGACCUCACCACAUUUCUCAAGUAAGCACAGGCCUCUACCACACUGUUGUAGUCACUAAUUGGGACAAAUUUUUGGUUUCAGAGACAAUGAAAGAGCACAACUUGGGCAUGAAACAUUGA